CGGUGCAGCCGGCGGGCGCCCUCGGUUCUGCGCGCCUCGUGGUGAGGCUCGCCGGGGCCCGCGGAGCAGCGACCAUCGAACAGACAUGAUCUGGGCCAAGAGAGAAAGGAGCGAGACCACUCCCGCCGGCCGAUCGGGCGAUGAACCCGGAGCCCUUAUCGCGCCAGUUAGGAGGCAGGAGCCGUCAGGCCGCUUUGGCUGUGUAAAACCCGGUCCCUGCUGACACCAACCGGUUCCUGGAGAGGACGGUGAUGCUCAAAAAGGCCAAGUUCUAAAGGGCAGAAAGUCUCUCACCUGGCUUGUGUGUCCCCACGGAACAGUCCUUCAUGAGAUGCAGAGGCCUCCAUGGCUGUGAUAAGCCUGCUGUUUUUGGCAGUGAUGUAUGUUGUUCAUCACCCCCUGUUCGUCAGCGACCGAAUGGACCUGGACACAUUGGCCAGGAGUCGGCAGCUGGAGAAGCGACUGAGCGAGGAGAUGCGCCAGUUAGAGACAGAGUUCGAAGAGAGGAAGCGGGCGGCUGAACAGAAGCAGAAGGCUGAGAACUUUUGGAGAGGGGACACAUCUGAUGACUUGGUGCUGGGGAAGAAAGACAUGGGGUGGCCGUUCCGGGCUGAUGGCCAGGAAGGGCCUCUGGGCUGGUUACUGGGCAACGCGUGGAACGCCGGCCUCUUCUGCCUCUUCCUCAUCUUUGAGCUCCUGCGACAGAACAUGCAGCAUGAGCCAGCCUUUGAUUCCAGCAGUGAGGAGGAGGAGGAGGAGGAAGUCCGGAUUGUGCCUGUCACCUCGUACAACUGGCUCGCCGACUUCCCCUCACAGGAGGCCCUGGAAUCCUUUUACAAACACUACGUCCAAAACGCCAUCCGUGACCUGCCGAGCACCUGUGAAUUCGUGGAGAGCUUUGUGGACGAUCUCAUUGAGGCCUGUAGGGUGCUCAGCCGCCGCGAAGCUCACCCACAGUUGGAGGAUUGCCUGGGCACUGGGGCUGCCUUUGAGAAGUGGGGGACCCUCCACGAGACCCACACAUUUGAUGUCCUGGUGCCCAUUGUUCCCCCGCAAGGCACUAUGUUUGUCUUGGAGAUGAGGAAUUCGGUCCUGGGCCACCGCUGUGGCAGUGUGUUGGUGGAGUCGGAGUGUAUGUGCAAACGCGAGAAGCUCCUGGGUGAUGUGCUGUGCCUUGUGCACCACCACAGGGACCCCACGGGGGUGGGGAGCAAAUGUGGCAGCUCCAUCAAGGCGGCCCUUUGCACUGGCUCCCAACUGGACGUGUGCAAGACUGUGCAGUGGUUCCGCAACAUGGUAGGCAACGCCUGGGCCCUUGUGGCCCACAAGUAUGACUUCAAGCUCAGCCUCCCGCCGUCCACCACCUCGUGCAAGCUGAGGUUGGACUACCGCUCAGGCCGUUUUCUCUCCAUCCAGCUGCUCUUGGGGGUGCAGCGAGAAGACACCUUGGUCUACCUGGUGAGUCAGGCUGCUGACCAGGAACAGCUCAGCAGCGUGGACUGGCCUGAGUCUUUUGCAGCCUGUGAACACUUAUUUCUGAAGCUGGUGGGGCGCUUUGCCCCUGAGAACACUUGUCACCUCAAGUGCCUCCAGAUCAUUUUAAGCCUCCAGGAUCACCGAAGCUUACCCCCUGGGGCAUCUCACCCCAUCCUCACCUCCUACCACUUCAAGACGGCCCUAAUGCACCUGUUGUUGCGCUUACCCCUCACGGACUGGCAGCACAACAUGCUGUCACAGCGGCUGCAGGACAUUCUUUGGUUCUUGGGGCGUGGCCUCCAACAAAGGUCUCUCCAUCAUUUCCUCAUUGGGAACAGCUUCCUCCCCCUCACCAUCCCGAUCCCUAAGACAUUUCGGAAUGCUGAACCUGUCAAUCUCUUCCAGCACCUGGUGCUAAACCCUGUAGCACAUUCACAGGCAGUGGAAGAGUUCCACAACCUCCUGACUCAGGUGAAAACCCUGCCCUGUGCCCCAUUGGCUGGGGCGCUUUAAAGACCAGUACAAAAGCCAACCCACAAAAAAAAAAUAUGCACUGCACAUAACGGGAGAAGGUAUUUCUGAUUUCUCAGGCUGCAAGAGUUUGUUGUUGUUGGGGGUUGAGUUUGUUUUUAUGUACUAUCAGCUUUAAGGGAAGCUUCACCUUGCCAGUGUGGAUUGUGAUAACAUAAAUGGGGUGUGUGAGGUUAAGGUGAUCCGUGCAGUCUGCUGGGCCCUCCUUAGAUGAGGCGCUGGAGGCUUUCCUUCUUCUGACUUUACUCUCAUCACAAUCCGAAGCAGGUCCAGGGAAAUGGAUGCUAGGGGAGGGUGUCGCUGCUCAGGACUUGGGAUCCAGAAGGGGCCUGUGAGGUUGUGUUUUUUUCUAGCAACACUGGAAGUGAAAGAGAACCAGAGAAUACCUCCAUCCCAGCUGAUUGUUUUUUUGUGAGCCAUUCCCAACAUAAUCCUGUGAGCUGCUUUCCUUGUUGCAACUCAAUUCUUAUCCAAGCUGAUGGCAAGUCCAUUUUAUCCCAGAUACUGUGAGACCAACUUUUUAUAUAUUUUAGGACCUAGUUUUCCACACCUUUGCUAUUUGGAAAAUAUAACCAAGAUGGCUUAUUUUCUAUUAGUUUUUGUACGGCAUAGUUAUUUUUUUUAAUACAUUUUGGGGAGGAAAAAAACCACUACAGUACUACCCAAAUAAAUUACUAGCACUGACUUAUAAACAAACAUUAAAUCAUAGUGACCUGGCCCAUAAUGGGGAUAGUUAUUUCCUAUGCAUUUCCUAUAAACAAUGAAAUAGCUGUCUGAUAGCUUGCUGAGUGCCUGAAAAUAACAUUAUAAGCGAUUGACAAGGACAGUCUUUCUGGGGGCCCUUGAGGGGAACCAUUACUUUGUUUUGAGUGGGAGCCACUUAGGAAAUGGAAAGAUUUGGCUACGUGUGUAGCAGGCUUUGUUGGUUUUUUUUUCCACAGCUGAGUGGUGAGUUUGUAUUCUCUUUUCAAAGAUGACAAAGGGAUUACUUGAAGCAUGUUUGUGAUUUUGAAGAGUGGGCUCACACAACCCAGGCCUGUUGCCAGGUCUGGACAGGAAGGCACUGUGAAGCAGUCCAACUCCAACUAAGUUGUGUCCCUAAACAUGGGUCGGCUGUUAUUUCCCCCCUUCUCUUAAACCUGGGCAUCCUGUGGAGGAGUGUUAAUAGCUUAGGGUGUGAUUGUUUGAGAAAUACCAGUACUGUUCUACCCAGCAAUAUCAGGAAGGUCUGCUGGGGAGAACCUGGCCCCACAUGUAACUUUGACCUCAUUGUGGGGCACAAGGGGGUGAUUAGAUACUGUUUUUUAUGGACUUUUAUUGUAGAAUCCACACCCUCUCCUCAACAACGAUAUAAGCAAAAUAAAAAUUAAGACAUUAAAAGUGUCCCCAAAACUGGUGCCAGUCAAUUUAGGGGGACCUCACUGGCAUCUACCAGGUACUAUCUUUAGGGAAAUAUGUGAUGAUGGUUGGGUCUAUGCUGGUGGCAUUUUGGUGUUUUAAAAUCCCUUUGCUGGUACUUCCAUUUGAAAUCAAUAAAAGAGGCUGUUUUCUA